UGGCUCCGGGGGCGCUGGGCGGCGCUGCCCGGCUCCGCGCUGCUCUGCCCGCAGCUCCGUGGGGGUGGGCGGCCGGGAUGACAGCGGUGGCGGCGGCGGCGGCUCGGGGCUGAGCGCGUGGCGUGGCGCCAGGGGAAGAGGAGGAAGUGGAGCGCGGCCCGGAGGUCCACCCCGUUUUGCAGCGCGAGCCGACUCCGGAACCGGGAAGACUUCCCCGCCGCCGGGCUCCGGCCCCCGCGGCUCCCCGCCGGCGUCCCGACCAGCCAGCCCCGCCGGCCCCGGCCCCCCCGGCAUCCGCCACGGGACGCUUACCCGACCCCACGGUCCGGGGCGUCGUGGCCGGGACUCCCGAGCCCACGACCCUGAUCCGGUGCACCUGGGCGGGACCCCGCUCCUGGCCCACCCACCCACCAUACGGGUCCACCGCCGCGGGUCGAUCCCAGCCUUUUUGCAGCGGCUGUCGGAGCCCUCCGUCCGGGGACAGCGCAGGGGUCCCCAGGACCCCGACUGAGUGCACAGGAGCCCGGACACCCUCAGCCUCCUUCCCUGAGACCUGGACCUUCAGCGGCUCCCCACCCGGCGCUCCGGACCUCCAGGCGGCGAGCGCCCAGGAAGCCCCUGCCGGAGUCCAGCGCCCCCUGAAGGGUCCCGGACGGGCUGGACAGUCGGACCGAACUGGACCCGGGGGGUCCUGCGAGCCGAAGCUGCCACGGUCCUUGCACGUUGCAGGCGAGGGGCUUGGUGCUUCCGCCGGAGAAGAGCACAGGGCCCCCCUGCCCCGGAGCCCGAGCUGCAGCUCUCCCAGUGAAGUGACAUCACCGCCUUCCUGACAGGACACCCUUGGGAGCCCAGCUCACAGCCGCUGGUACCUUCUUCCAGAACCAGCCUGGGCCCCCCAUGGGCUCCUGAGGGCCGGGCACCAGGGCCUCGGGCACGAGCAUGGUAAGACACCAGCCCCUGCAGUACUACGAGCCCCAGCUGUGCCUCUCCUGCCUCACGGGCAUCUACGGCUGCCGCUGGAAACGCUACCAGCGCUCCCACGAUGACACCACACCGUGGGAACGCCUCUGGUUCCUGCUUCUCACCGUCACCUUCGGCCUCACCCUCACCUGGCUCUACUUCUGGUGGGAGGUCCACAAUGACUACGAUGAAUUCAACUGGUACCUCUACAACCGCCUGGGCUUCUGGAGUGACUGGUCCGUGCCCAUCCUCCUGACGGCAGCCACCGCCUUCACCUACAUCGCGGGCCUCCUGGUCCUGGCGCUCUGCCACAUCGCCGUGGGGCAGCAGAUGAACCUGCACUGGCUGCACAAGAUGGGGCUGGUGGUCAUCCUGGUGUCCACGGUGGUGGCCAUGUCGGCCAUGGCCCAGCUGUGGGAGGACGAGUGGGAGGUGCUGCUCAUCUCCCUGCAGGGCACAGCUCCGUUCCUGCACAUGGGGGCCCUGGCCGCCGUCACUGUGCUCUCCUGGAUCGUGGCGGGACAGUUCGCCCGGGCAGAGCGGUCCUCCUCCCAGAUGGCCAUCCUCUGCAUCUUCUCCGCCGUGGUGUUCACCCUCUACCUGACCCCGCUCACCAUCUCCUCGCCCUGCAUCAUGGAGAGAAAGGACCUGGGCCCCAAGCCCGCCCUCAUCGGCCACCGCGGGGCCCCCAUGCUGGCCCCGGAGCACACGCUGAUGUCCUUCCGGAAGGCCCUGGAGCACAAGCUGUACGGAGUGCAAGCUGACGUCACCAUCAGCCUGGACGGCGUGCCCUUCCUGCUGCACGACGCCACGCUGCGACGCACCACCAACGUGGAGGCGGCGCUGCCCGAGCUGGCCCGCCGGCCCGCCGCCAUGCUCAACUGGACCGUCCUGCAGAGGCUCAACGCCGGCCAGUGGUUCCUGGAGACGGACCCCUUCUGGACGGCCAGCUCCCUGUCCCCCUCGGACCACAGGGAGGCCCAGAACCAGUCCAUCUGCAGCCUCGCCGAGCUGCUGGCGCUGGCCAAGGGCAACGCCACGCUGCUGCUCAACCUGCGCGACCCUCCCCGGGAGCACCCCCACCGGGCCAGCUUCCUCAACAUCACGCUGGAGGCCCUGCUGCGCUCCGGCUUCCCCCAGCACCAGGUCAUGUGGCUGCCGAACAGGCAGAGGUCCUUCGUGCGGAGGGUGGCUCCUGGCUUCCAGCAGACGUCGGGCUCCAAGGAGGAAGCCUCCAGCCUGCACCGAGGCCACAUCCAGUGGCUGAACCUGCGCUACACUCAGGUGUCCCGCCAGGAGCUCAGGGACUACGCCUCCUGGAACCUGAGCGUGAACCUCUACACGGUCAACACGCCGUGGCUCUUCUCCCUGCUGUGGUGCAUGGGGGUGCCCUCCGUCACCUCCGACAACGCCCACACCCUGUCCCAGGUGCCUUCCCCCCUCUGGAUCAUGCCCCCGGACGAGUACUGCCUCCUGUGGGUCACCGCGGACCUGAUCUCCUUCACCCUCAUCGUGGGCAUCUUCGUGCUGCAGAAGUGGCGCCUGGGGGGCAUCCGCAGCUACAACCCCGAGCAGAUCAUGCUGAACGCGGCGGUGCACCGGACCAGCCGGGACGUCAGCAUCAUGAAGGAGAAGCUCAUCUUCUCAGAGAUCAGCGAUGGCAUGGAGGUCUCCGAUGAGCUCUCCGUGUGCUCCGACAACAGCUACGACGCAUAUGCCAACAGCGCCACCCCCCCAGGGGAGCCCCGAGGGACGGGCAGCCAUGCCAAGCCGCUCACCGACCGGAGUGGGCGUUAGCUGGAGCCCCGACUCCCAGGCCGCACCGGACGGAGCCCAGGGAGCCCAGAAGAGCAGGCAGAAGCCUGUGUGGACCGGGGGCGCUCUGGGAGCUGGCGCCAAGGCCGCCUCGCCAGGUCCAGCCCCUGGUCCGCCAUGGCCUCUCUCAGGGGUUAGGGGCUCCCCUCUCCCCUCAGGCCCAGCUGGGCCGGGACUCCAGCCUCUCCGAUGCCCCUGCAGGCCUGCAGGGUCCUUCUUCUGGAAAGUGCGGGGCCUGGUCCUCCCCUGAAACCCUCCCUUGAAUCCUGGACGCUUGGAUGGGCCACUGGGCCAUGCCCUAUCCCCUGGAGGAUGUGGGACCACCCUCCUGUUUGGGCUGUGAAGCAGCCGACUUCUCUGUCGCUCCUGCCUCGAGGACCUGGGGCUGGCUCUCUCCCCCAGCUGCUCUGCUCUUCACAUCCAUCUCAAAGCACAAGGAGGCUCGCUCAGCAGGAAAGCCUGCAGCCAGGGGUGGAGAUACUCCUCCGACCAG